AGCAUACGCGCAACACCACGAUUCUCUUGCUGCCUUUAUUCAAUGCUUAUUCUCAAGUUUCUCUGUGGCUCCAUCACACUGAUGUGAAAGCAAACCCGUUCGCCCAAGACUGGUGAUCAUAACACAAUGCGUGUUUGCUCGAUUUAUGUUACUCUGGCACAUGGAUUAGGAGGUUUUGCGCAAGAAGCGUCACAGACCAAUGUGUUUUCUACUCGUCGCUGGACUGGUGUUGUAAAAGAGAAGGUAUCGUACGGUGCGCUUCCAACACACCACUUCUGUAGAACAGUGUCUCCAAUUUUUUGCCUGGGAGGAAUCCUCUCCUCCUUCCCAGAUGUUGCCGGAGAGCAUUUUCUACCCGCAAUUUAAUGCGCAGCUCAAAUGUUGCCCAGAGGGGCACGCGCUUUGGCGUACUUUAGCGGGCAGACCACGUCCGGAUAAUCUCAGUUUACAUUGGCCUAUACUCUUCAAGAUACCCGAGAGUUCCCGUUGUAUCGGCUGUACGUCAUCCAUGCCUGAUUAGACUUGUCUGACGUCGUUGAGCACCAUUCAAGUAAAGCAUGCACCUCAUACAACGUUGAAAACCUUAAUUGAUAUGAAAAAAACUGAAAACAUCCAGUGUGACGAAAACCACUACCUUAAAACACGGAUCAACAAGUUACCUCCAACUUCCAUCUAAACACGAAACGAGGUUAAAUCAUAAUCCGAGACGCACGUGAUCGGCAAAUCACUUGAGCUGCAAAUAUUUCUCAUCUGUCAAGAGAAAUACGCUCCAGACUGUCCGUGGAGACACAUCUUGUCCGAUUACGGCGGGAAACAGGAGCUGACCGGCUCCAUGCCUCGCUGCGUCUGUCGGUGCUCGGCUGGCCACCACAUGGUAACUUCGCUCACACAGCACGCUGGAAAGAGGAUACAUAGAGAAGGGAUCUGAAUGAAUGGGACUGAGAUUUAUUCGCAUUUCUCUUCUCGCCUCCCCCAGACUGUUGCAUGUGUUGUAUAUCCUGCCGGUUGAAGUCGUCUCACGUUAUCAGCAGAUAUCGAGUCAGCGGUGGAUAGAUCCAUCACUGGAAUAGGGAGCAGCAAAUGUCGAAGAAACGGAAAAGUCCUGACGACCAGGACUUUGAGGAAUCUCCGCCUGCAGGAUGCAGCGACCAAGGCUUGACAGAUGAGAAAGUGAAGGCCUACCUCUCGCUGCACCCACAGAUGCUGGACGACUUUGUGUUGGAGAGUGUGAGCGCAGAGACGUUGGACAGAUGGCUGAAGAGGAAGACCAGCAGCAGGCCUGCAGAUGACACAUCAGCUAAAAACGUCAGCAGGUACCAGGACACAAAUAUGCAGGGUGUGGUGUACGAACUCAACAGCUACAUGGAGCAGCGCCUGGACACUGGAGGAGACAACAAACUCCUGCUCUAUGAGUUGUGCAACAUCAUUAAAACAGCAACAAAAGCAGAUGGAUUCGCACUUUACUUCUUGGGAGAAUGCAACAAUAGUUUAUGUAUGUUCACUCCAACGGGUGCCAAGGAUGGCCCUCCAAGCCUCAUCCCCUCCGGCCCCAUCGCAUUUGGGACGACCAUUGCCGCUCAUGUUGCCAAGACUCACAAAACACUGCUAGUAGAGGACAUCAUGGGGGACGAGCGCUUCCCCGACGGCACAGGGCAGGACUCAGGGAUCCAUGUUCACUCUGUCCUGUGCCUCCCCAUCAUCACUGCCAUCGGGGACCUCAUUGCCAUCCUGGAGCUGCAACGGCAGUGGGGCAAGGAGCCCUUCAACCUCAGCCACCAGGAGGUUGCAACAGCUAAUUUAGCGUGGGCAUCAGUUGCCAUUCAUCAAGUACAGGUGUGCAGAGGCCUCGCCAAACAGACUGAGCUCAAUGACUUUCUACUAGAUGUGUCAAAAACAUACUUUGAUAACAUUGUGGCAAUAGAUUCUCUACUUGAACAUAUUAUGAUAUAUGCAAAAAACCUGGUGAAUGCGGACAGGUGCGCACUCUUCCAGGUAGAUCACAACAACAAAGAACUGUACUCUGACCUGUUCGAUAUUGGGGAAGAGAAAGAAGGCAAACCUGUCUUUAGGAAAACCAAAGAAAUUAGGUUUUCUAUAGAGAAGGGAAUAGCUGGUCAAGUGGCUCAGACAGGGGAAGUCUUAAAUAUCCCAGAUGCCUAUGCAGACCCCCGGUUCAACCGAGAGGUGGACCUCAAAACUGGCUACACCACGCGGAACAUCCUGUGCAUGCCCAUCGUGAGCAGGGGGACCGUUAUAGGUGUGGUACAGAUGGUGAACAAGCUAAGCGGAAGUGCCUUCACUAAAACAGAUGAGAACAACUUUAAGAUGUUUGCUGUCUUUUGUGCUCUGGCCUUACACUGUGCAAAUAUGUACCACAGGAUCCGGCACUCUGAAUGCAUUUACAGAGUGACGAUGGAAAAGCUGUCUUAUCACAGCAUCUGCACAUCUGAAGAAUGGAAGACCCUCACCCAGCUCAACCUCCCUACACCCAUUUAUAAAGAGAUCGAAAUGUUUCACUUUGACAUCAGCCCCUUUGAGGAGAUCUGGCCUGCUGUCUUUAUCUACAUGGUUCAUAACUCCUGUGGAAAGACCAGCUUUGAGCUGGAGAAGCUGUGUCGGUUCACCAUGUCUGUACGGAAGAACUACCGGCGUGUGCCCUACCACAACUGGAAGCAUGCAGUGACGGUGGCCCACUGUAUGUACGUCAUCCUACAGAAAACCUCUGGGAUGUUCACAGAGCUAGAGAAGAAAGGUCUGUUGAUCGCCUGCCUGUGCCAUGAUCUGGACCAUCGGGGGUACAGCAACUCAUACUUGCAGAAGUUUGACCAUCCGCUGGCUGCUCUGUACUCCACCUCCACCAUGGAGCAACACCACUUCUCUCAGACCGUCUCCAUCCUACAGCUGGAAGGGCACAAUAUUUUCUCCAACCUGAAUUCCAGCGAGUACGAGCAGGUGUUGGAGAUCAUCCGGAAGGCCAUCAUCGCCACAGACCUCGCCCUGUACUUCAACAACCACCAGCAGCUGACGGAGCUGCUGACCUCGAGUGUGCUGGACUUGAACAACCACUCACACAGGUCAGGUCACGACACGCACCGGGACCGUGUGAUUGGUCUGAUGAUGACAGCAUGUGACCUGUGUUCUGUUACCAAGCAAUGGCAAAUCACACGACUCACAGCCAACGACAUCUAUGCUGAGUUCUGGGCUGAGGGAGAUGAGAUGAAGAAGAUUGGGUUGCAGCCGAUCCCUAUGUUGGACAGAGACAAGAAGGACGAGGUUCCCCAGGGCCAAGUGGGAUUCUACAAUGCUGUUGCAGUUCCAUGUUACACGACACUAGCGGAGCUUUUCCCUCCAUCCAGUCCUCUUCUAAGAGCCUGCAAGGAAAACCUGUGCCAGUGGGAGAAGAUAUCGCGGGGAGAAGUGCAGGACGUAGUGCCCAACCGGCCUUGUGAUUCAGGUCCUGUCAAGGUGGACAACUGACUACCAAAGGGGUUGCUGGCCCACCAAAGGAAUACAACUAGAAUCCUGCCACGGACCUGGAACUUUGUCAAGGGGAAGAAGAACCCACAUCCUGUGUUAGCAGGAGACGGAUCAGCUAAAGGCGACUUGAUUUUGAAAACACACAGUUACCUCAUUGGGUGACAGAGGUGUAAACACUGACGGUUUCACCCAGAGACUGACAGACAGCUGAUGGGGAGGGACUUCAACCCGUCACUCUACAUCCACUCAGCUUGGGAACUCAUUUGGUAGAAUGGACUUGUGGCGUUUUUGUUGUUUUCUUUUGGCUGUUAUGUUAUUUUUUCUUUUUUUAUAUGAGCUGAUUCUUUUACGGUCUUGUAUUUGCAGAGGCCUUACUCUGAACCUUUCACAGACAGACAUACGUGAAAUCUUGUUGUUGGUUCAGGCUUUUUUUCUUCUUCUUUUUUUUUAAAUGGUACUGUUUGCCUUCUGUGGUAGGUUUAUCGUACGCGCACUACUCAGCAAGGUAUUUCCAGAGACAGAAGGAAUGUGUAGAGCAGAUGUAUGGUUUAAUGCCACCUUAUUGAGAAGGUGGACGUCGGAAUGUUAUUUUUUCAGCAAAAAUCCUUUGCAGUACUUGAAUAAAGACAUACAGCCUAUUCUAUGUGGAGAAAUCGCCCCGUCAGCAUAUUCUACAAAACGUGGAUGAACUGUGACGAGAGGAGUUUUAGCUAAUGUCUACACUUGUGAACGCAGUCACAAGUGAGUCACAAUGUUUCUCCCUGAAGUGGACCCUACAGCACUGCCCCUCCUGGUAUUUUGGAACCUGCUGCAUAGUACAUCUACUUUUUUUUUUUUGGAUUAUCAGGAUCUGACCCCAGGCCAGCACUAAUAAUAAUGUGUGUAGGACAGAGUUCACAAGAUAAAGACGAUGCACAAAUAGCAUCAGUUUUAGUAAGCCUGCGUUCUAUUGAAUUUUCACUGUCAUAACAUUAUUCACGCCACUAUCACAUCAUGAAUUAUUUUACACAAAAAUCUGAUUUCUCCUCAUUAAUCAGUAAUCAUUUCUAGAACCAUUAAUAAAACAGUAAAGAGGAAAGUAAAAAAAAAAAGAGGAUACUGCUCAAGUUGGUUAAGUGUCCCAGCGGAUUUUAAAGAUUUCUUUGUUUGAAGUAACACAACAAACUUUUUACAUGUUGACUAGUUUAUUACUCUAGCACCCUGAUUUAUAACACCUGGUUAAGACGUGCUGAAUUAUUGAGGUAUAAAUUAAAUCAAUAGUGAAGGGCGGGAUUAGUCGUCAACUAUACAGUCUGUUUUUGACGUAGACGGGUGUCCUUGCAGGUUCAAAGCCGUAGCGUGAAACGUUCAUGACACUGAACACGUUUUGCUGUUGAUGCAGGUACAGCAGCUCAAAAGGAGUCUCAACAAAUCGUCAGCUUCAUAUUUUCCCACAAUGUCAAACCUGUUAAGAGCAUCAUAUGUCUAUCUCUGGGAUUCAAGAAUGCUUGCUUGACUUUCUGCAGGUGUGUGACAGAAGUUCCCCUCAUAUCCAUGGCCUGUCGAAGGAAACAAAUCCUCCUCCUUUACGCUUACUCUCCAACGUCAUGCAAUGGGGCACAUUUGGACUCUUUCAAAAUGAGUUUCCAAGAUCUUCCAAAAGACAAUUUUUGUUGUCUGAAACUGUCAUUCCAGUGGACAUUGUCCCUCCAAGACUGAAAUUACCGCUCAAAUAAUUUGUUUUACAACUGGUACUGUGGCCCCCGCAUGGUGUGAAUGUACAUUUUGAUGAAUGUUUUGUUGGUUGCAGAUCCUCGGUGGUGGCAUGUGGGUCAGUGCGCCAUCAGUUUCCAUGAUGUGCUCUGUCUUUACUUUUCAGAAUUGCUUCCAGUAAGCUUCAACCAAGAGGAGCAAAAAUUAGCAUGCACCUGAACGGAGGUUUUUAUAUAAUUUUGCAUAUACGGUAAUGGGUGUAUACUGAGUGCAAUCUAAGAAUUUUGCAUACAGACUGAGAUGUAUGCUCUGAUGGCGCUAAACUGAAUGGCGGUUGUGCACUUUCAGACUGUGUGUGUGUGUGUGUGUGUAUGUAUGAGUGUGUCUGUGUGAGUGUAAGAGAGAGAGAAAGCUUUUGACUGUCUCUUUACCCACUCCAACCCCACCUGAGAACAUGGUUAAGUCCAUAACACUGCACUGUCCCUUCUACUUUUCAGCACCAGUUAUACACCAUUGUCUGCACUAUGUUUAGCUUAUGAUCUUUAUCAUUAUUAUUAUUAUUAUUAUUAUUAUUAUUGAUGAUUCUUAUUAUUAUUGCUAUUAUUACUAUUGUUAUUUUCUUAAUUAGAGUUAAAUUUAAAUUAACUUAUAUUUUUUAUACAAAGAAAAAUAAUGUUGGCCUUUUUGUUUUGUACAAAGUAAACAUUCAAAUAAACAAAACGGUCUAGACAUGUUACUGUUACCCAGAAUAAUUGCGGAAUGUCUCAACUGUAAAUGUAAGAGCAGUAGCCCAAAUGACUUUUAUUAAAUACCUGAAAAAUGCA